AUUUGUCUAGCCAUCGAGGACGACCAUUUCGCGUGAGGAGUGGGAGCGGCGGUUAGAGGAAGUCAAUAUCACGAAAGAUGACUUGAAUCGCCUGGUGAUGGAUUACCUCGUCAUCGAGGGGUACAAAUCUGCUGCUGAGGAGUUCAGCGGGGAGGCGGGGGUGAUCACCCCAGUUGAUUUUGAUAGCAUCGAGAGUCGGAUGAACAUCCGGGAGGCCUUGCAGAGGGGCGACGUUCAGGAUGCGAUCACGCGCGUUAACGACUUGAACCCAGAGAUCCUAGAUACGAAUCAUACCCUCUACUUCCACCUCCAACAACAGAAGUUGAUUGAAUACAUCCGCCAAGGGAGUAUCCCGGAGGCGCUGCAGUUCGCACAAGAGGAGCUAGCGCCGCGGGGCGAGGAGAACCCAGAGUUCCUUGCCGAGCUGGAGCGGACGAUGGCGCUUCUGGCGUUCGACUCGUCGAGCGUGGUGCCUGCGGCGAUUUCGGACCUGCUGUCGCCCGCGCAGAGGAUGAAGACGGCGGGGGAGGUGAACGCGGCGAUCCUGGAGAGUCUGAGCCAGGGGAAGGAGGCGAAGCUGGUGGCGCUGCUUCGGCUGCUUUGCUGGAGCGAGUCGCUGCUGGAGGAGCGCGCGGAGUUCCCGAAGGUGCGUUGCGGUGCAGGUUCAUUGUGGGACUGUUGCCGUCUGUCGUCGUAGUGAUCCUGAUUGACGAGUUUGGACGCGCAGGUCGAGCUCACUGAUGGGUUGGCGCCGAGGCGAGCUGGCCCGGACGGCGAUGGGCAGUCGAUGGAUAUAUGAUUUGCGCGUGCAAGCAACGCAGGAGGGGCGUGUUCUCUCUUUUCUUUG